GGGUCCUGGCGCUCCCCAGGAGGACUGACAUGCUGCCUGGAACAAACAACAGCAGGUCUAGGUUUCAGAACAUGCUGAGAAAUCUUGGCUGAGCAACGUGAAAGGCGAAAGGAACGAGAUUCUGGACUGUCAUUUGCUUUACUGGGAUGCAGGAUUUCUUUUGAUUGUUUAAAUCAGGAGAGAUGGCCAAACGCACCUUCUCCACGUUAGAGACAUUCCUGAUCUUUAUCCUAGUAUUGAUGACCGCUGUCACGGUAGCCCUUCUCAGCCUCCUGUUUAUCACCAGUGGGACCACUGAAAAUCACAAAGAUUCCAGUUUUCCAUCCACCCAGAGCUCCCCGGCCACCCAGAGCUCCACAGCCAGUCAAGGCUCGACAAUCACCAGUGGCUCUACAACCACCCAGGCACCUCCCGUGAUUAGCACCCCAGAGCCUCCUCUCUUUCAGAACUUUAGUGGCUACCAUAUUGGUGUUGGGCGAGCUGACUGCACAGGACAAGUAGCAGAUAUCAACUUGAUGGGCUACGGUAAGACUGGCCAGAAUGCACGGGGCAUUCUCACGAGGCUGUACAGCCGUGCUUUCAUCAUGGCGGAGCCCGAUGGGUCAAAUCGAGUGGUGUUUGUCAGCAUCGACAUAGGCAUGGUAUCCCAACGACUCAGGCUUGAGGUCCUGAACAGACUGCAGAGUAAAUAUGGUUCCCUGUACAGAAGAGACAACAUCAUCCUGAGCGGCACUCACACUCACUCGGGACCAGCGGGAUUUUUCCAGUAUACCAUGUUUGUCAUCGCCAGUGAAGGGUUUAGCAAUCGAACUUUUGAAUACAUGGUCACUGGCAUCGUGAAGAGCAUCGAGACGGCGCACAAAAACAUGAAACCAGGCAAAAUCUUUAUCAACAAAGGAAUUGUGGAAGGUGCCCAGAUCAACCGAAGCCCCUCUUCUUAUCUUCAGAAUCCUGAGUCAGAGAGGGCCAGGUAUUCUUCAAAUACCGACAAAGAAAUGGUCGUCCUAAAAAUGGAAGAUUUGAAUGGAGCUGAACUGGGCCUUCUCAGCUGGUUUGCCAUCCACCCAGUCAGCAUGAACAACAGCAAUCAUCUCGUCAAUAGCGACAACAUGGGCUAUGCCUCUUACCUUUUUGAGCAAGAGAAGAACAAAGGCUAUCUACCUGGACAGGGACCAUAUGUAGCAGCCUUUGCUUCAUCAAACCUGGGAGAUGUGUCCCCCAAUAUUCUUGGCCCACACUGUGUCAACACAGGAGAGUCUUGUGAUAAUGCCAAUAGCUCUUGUCCUAUCGGUGGGUCUAGCAUGUGCAUUGCUAUGGGACCAGGAGAGGAUAUGCUCAACAGCACGCAGAUUAUAGGACGGAUCAUAUAUCAGAGAGCGAAGGAACUGUAUGCCUCCGCCUCCCAGGAGGUCACUGGACCACUGGCUGCAGCUCAUCAGUGGGUGAAUAUGACAGAUGUCACCGUCCAGCUCAACUCCACACACACGGCAAAAACGUGUAAACCAGCACUGGGCUACAGUUUUGCUGCUGGGACAAUCGACGGAUUUGGGAACUUCAAUUUUACUCAGGGGACAACAGUAGGGGAUCCAUUUUGGGACAGUCUUCGGGAUCAAAUCCUGGGCAAGCCAUCUGCAGAAAUCAAAGAGUGUCAUAAACCAAAGCCAAUCCUUCUUCAUACUGGAGAGUUGACAAAACCUCAUCCCUGGCACCCAGAUAUUGUUGAUGUUCAGAUUAUCACGAUUGGGUCCUUGGCCAUAACUGCCAUCCCUGGGGAGUUGACGACCAUGUCUGGACGAAGACUUCGAGAGGCAGUUCAAACAGAAUUUGCAACCAAUGGGAUGCAGAAUAUGACCAUUGUUAUUUCGGGUCUGUGCAAUGUGUAUACACAUUACAUUACCACCUUUGAAGAAUACCAGGCUCAGCGGUACGAGGCAGCAUCUACAAUUUAUGGACCACACACUCUGUCUGCUUACAUCCAGCUCUUCAGAGGUCUUGUGAAGGCCAUUGCUACGGAUACAGUAGCCAACCUGAGCAGAGGUCCAGAGCCUCCAUUUUUCAAACAACUGAUAGCCCCAUUAAUUCCUAAUGUCGUGGAUAGAGCACCAACAGGCAAAACUUUUGGGGAUGUUCUGCAGCCCGCGAAACCUACAUACAGAGUGGGAGAAGUUGUUGAAGUUACAUUCGUAGGCGCUAACCCAAAGAAUUCAGCAGAAAACCGGACCCAUCAGACCUUCCUCACUGUCGAGAAAUACGAAGCUGCAUCAGCAACAUGGCAAAUAGUGCAUAAUGAUGCCUCCUGGGAGACUCGUUUCUAUUGGCACAAGGGACUGCUGGGUCACAGCAAUGCCACCAUCCAAUGGUAUAUUCCAGACACUGCCCAGCCUGGAAUCUACAGAAUAAGAUACUUUGGACACAAUCAGAAGAAGGACUUUCUCAAGCCGGUCGUCAUCCUUCCAUUUGAAAGCACUUCCUCUACCUUUGAAGUAGUAUGAAGAGUUGAAGUUCAUUGAAACUUCAUGAAGAGUUGAUAGUUCAUUGAAAGAGCGGCCACACUCUGUAAUUUAUAAAAAUGAUUUCACAUGAAUGUAAACUGUGAUGAUGACUUCAAUGAUUGUCCCUGUUGGGGGACAGAUAGUUUACUGUGAGUGGGACAGAGGGGUGUGUGUGUAUGUGGGUCCCAUUCGCCUUGCUCUAGGAGCUUCGCACCCCUGAUGGUCUAGACCCUAAUGCAUGACUUCCCUCAGGGCCUUGCGGC